AUGGGAGAAAACUUAACUUAUUACACUGGUAUCAGUUAUCUCUCUGGUGCCAUUUUCAGUGUCGGUAAAGGAUUUAUUGAAGGUGUGAAAGCUUCGAAGCCAUGUGAUACUAUGAAGCUCAAGAUCAAUAGAAUCCUGAAUGUGUCGGGUUAUACGGGUCGUAAAUUUGGAAAUCGAGCUAGUGUUAUUGAGUUGCUUUAUGCUGGGGUGGGGAGUGGAAUGGUUGCUAUUAGGGAUACAUAUGAUGUUAUCAAUAGCGUGGUUGCUGGCUUGGGAACUAGUAUGUUCUACAGGGAGACUUCGGGGCUGAGGUCAACUGCUGUGGCCGGAGUUAUUGGUGUCGUCGUUGUUGGCUUAGGGGUGACCGGAAAACAAGCAAUAAAAUGA